AGGUGACUGGAGAGCUGUCAAACAAUGGACAGCCAAUGCGUCGCUUUAUGCAGACCUUUGUACUGGCCCCACAGUCUCCAAAGAAGUAUUAUGUGCACAAUGACAUCUUCCGUUACCAGAAUGAGGUUUUCCAUGAUAAUGACACGGACAUUGAGAAUAUUGAAGACGCACUUGAUUCUGAGGGUGAGAUAGUGGAUGGUGGUGCCCAGACUGAGCUUAUCCAGGAUACCCAACAGUUCUAUGACAACCAUGCUCCUCUAAGCAAUGGCACGGGUCUUCUUGAAGAGGAGCAGGUGGAGACACCAUCCAGCCCCAAGUCUGAGCCCGAGGAAGUGGAUGAUGUGAAAGAGGAUGUGGCCCCCUAUGACACGGAGGUCCACAAGGAGGAACCCAAACUGGAAACUGUGCACCUGGAGGAGGAGCCACAGCACAUCCAUGGUAUUCAUAGUCAGAUAGGGAGUAUCUUCAAACAUUAGCAGGGCUCUGUGAAU